AUGCCAGAAACCUCGGAGCAAAGUGGAGCACCUACACCGAUGAUUAAUCCUGUUUCAUACCAAUUUACUCCUCCAGAGGAAUUCGACUUCUCAAAGCCAAACGAGUGGGGAAAAUGGAUCAAGCGAUUCGAGCGCUUCCGCUCUGCAUCUGGCUUGAGUAAAAGGGAUGAAGAAAGUCAAAAAAAGCCCGGCAUUAACAGCGUAAGACAGAGUGAGUCUGUGAAAAGCCAACAAUCAGUAGUCRGAGGUCAAGAGGAUGGAAGUCAACCUGCAAAAGUGGAUAGAAUCCACAAGUCUAAGUCACAGAAAUCUCAAAAUCACAGCCAACAUCUGCAUGGAAAAGCCUCUAAACAACCAGCAAACCCAAAUUAUCUAACCAAUGAUGUUUGCAAGCGAUGUGGGAAAAGCCCAUCCCACAAACGAACACAGUGUCCUGCAAGAGAAGCAACUUGCCGAAAGUGCAAAAAGAAGGGUCACUUCCAAGCUGUAUGCUUUAGUGGAAAAGUAAAUGCAGUUGAAGAGGAGGAUGAUGACAGCGAUGAGUGCUUUCUUGGUACUCUGAGUGCUGGAAAAAUUGAUAAUGUGCAAGUAGACCCCUGGAAGACUAAUGUCUCUGUAAACGGCAAUAACAUUGCAUUCAAACUCGACAYCGGAGCUGAUGUUUCUGUGGUGCCUGACUCUAUUUUGCCUAAACUAAAUGCUACUCUUGGUCACACAAAGAGGACAUUGACAGGAGCUGAUGGUUCUAAGCUCAACGUCAGUGGGUCAAUCUCUGCUACAUUGAAAGCUAAUCACCUUGAAACAAAACAAGAAAUCUACGUGGUCAAGAAUUUGAAGUAUCCAUUGUUGGGUAGACCUGCCAUARAAGCUCUGCAACUUGUUAAAGUUAUCCAUUCUGUGGAAGAGUCAAACAAAGAAUCUGUACAUGCAAGACAUCCAAAGCUAUUCAAAGGCCUAGGAAAGCUCGAUGGGCACUACAAAAUUGAAUUAAAAGAUAAUGCUGUACCUUACGCUGUGAACACGCCACGACGAAUUGCGAAGCCACUCUUACCUAAAGUUAAAAAGAAGCUUGAAGAGCUAGAACAGCAAGGUGUAAUAUCGAAGUUAGACGCGAACGACUGA